UUUUGUCUGCUUGAGUGUCCUUAACCUAGCUGGAUUCUCAAGGCGAAGGCAAGCCAUCCUGUGUCUCUCUGUCUGCCACAGAUUUUUGACCCCGAAGAUUUUCUAUCCAAUUUCAUUCCACAGAAAUAUAUGUUCAUCUUAUCAAUGUCUCUUCUUUAUUUGUGGGCAGGGUGCUCCUAAAAAAGAAAGUCAGAGUCUUUUAUGUUUUUGAUUUUGAGGUCUAUGGUAUGGAUGGAUAAGUAUAUGGUGCUGUGACUCUCACAGGAGGAGGAGAGAUUUCUUCUAUGAUGGUUAAGCUUUGUUUGAUGGCUUCUCAUGGCUAUCCUUCUGCCCCUGCUAUUGUUUUUCACCAAGAUCAGAAAAGGGUUUUCAAGGAUUGUCAGCACUAUUUACCUAGUCAGGGAACAAGACAAGAGAUAACAAGAUCAAAUUCUCUUGUGCUGAAAUUACACCAGCACGAGGAACCAUGGAGACCCAUGAAUAGGUUCUGUGAAUCUAAUCUGUUUACUGAGAUUGACUCAACAGUUAGAACACCUACACUCAUUGAUGUGCAAGAGCACUCAAGUAUUCUAAGUAGCAUUCUUGUUUUGCUGUCAGAUGCUCGCCCAGACUCAAUACUUUUCAGCUUUGGGAUAGUCGAAAAAUGCACAAGACAGGAAAAUAUCUUGCAGUUUCUUAUGUCCGAGUCAAAUAAAUUAGAAAGAGAUGGAUUGGAUUUAUCUUUGCUAUCUGAGUUGAUGGGUCUUCAAACAGUGAUAUUUGAUGCGCAACAGCUGUCACAUUCUCCUCUUAUUUAUCCAAGUGGUCAAAUUGAUGCCCCAAAAUCUCUAGUUGACUUUGUGGCAGAUGUGGCCCGUAGUUCAAAGCUUACAGUUCUUCCAGAUGGUCGAGUAUUGCUAACGGGCAGCGGGACAGAGAUGAAGGAUGUCCUCUCUACUGUUGCUGAGUUUUACUUGUCUAAAAACUCAACCAUGUGGAAAAAACAGUCGAUGCUCAUCCCAGAACUUACAAGGUUUGAUACAAGUAAAGUAGAUGCUAAUAUUACUGGGUCAUCUUUCAAGGCCAGAGAUGCCUCAUCUACUUUGAAGAGUCCUAUAAAAACCAAGCCAUCCCGAAAAAAGAAGAAUAAUAGAAAGGGAGGCAGAGAGAGGGAUCUCUACAAAAGGAACUACUUCCAUGCAUGCGAGAGCCUUCUAUCCUUGAUGAUGGACAAGCGACGUGGGAAAUCAGCUGUCUUGUUGCUGAAGAAAUCUGGCCCUGAACUUCCUGAGCUUCUGAACCAGUUCUCUGUUGGCAUUGCUGGGGCUGGCCUUGCUAUUCUUUUUUCCAUCACCUGCAGGUUAGCUUGCGGGAGGGCAUCCUUCUGUGCAUCCAAACUGUUCAGCACCAGUGUUGGUCUUGGGCUGGUCUGGCUCUCUUGGGCAGUGAGUAAAUUGAAGGACACGGUUGUUUACAUUAGCAAGCAUGCAAGCAAGUUAGGUCUGAAGGAUGAGGAAAUAAUGGGGAUUGUGAAUAAAAGUUUUCGUGACAUAUACUUCAGAGCUGUAACAGUGAUGGCAGUAGCAGUACUGAGGCUUGUAUGAGCAUCAAGUGAUUGAAGUUGUGAAACAUGACGUCAUGAAAAUGCCUAAUAUUUUGCGAAAAUACGACUGGGUAGAGACCGGAACUGCAAGUGCUGUAGCAAGUGAUAAUUAAAUGGGCUCAAGUUUACUGGCAGAGCGCAGAUGUUUGAACGGGCAGACUCGAGUCAAACAGCUGCUGCAUCUGAGCUUGGGUGGUUAAUACAUUCAGGUCGGUCUUGUAGAUUCUAAGAUCGGUUGUGUAAAUGAAUGAGAAGUGAACUUUAACAGGGAACAUGUAUUUUUUUCAUCAGAGAAAACCUAUAAAGCCUUCGUACAAAUUUGUGAAUGGCAUUAAA